UAUUACACUGUGCCCUCAGAUAGCAAAGAUGACUGCAAAGUUCUUUUACUACUUAAAUAUUCGUCGUACUAAAACUAUAUUUAGAUGUAGGGUUCCAGCUGCUGGCUCUUCAACCAGUAUUAAUUUCAUUUCUAGGAGAUGUACUCACUCAACGAUCGACCCAAAAGAUUUUUACCAAGUCAAUAAAAAAAUACCAACAUCGUUUUGGGAUCCUCAAGGCACAUUUAAAGCGCUUUAUCGUUUGAACUAUAUUCGAGUGCCUUAUAUAAGAGACAGUCUAGUAGAUGUACCGCCUGGUGAAAAAUUCUCUAAUUGUCUGAAAGGAAAGAAAAUCCUUGACGUCGGAUGUGGGGGAGGAUUUCUCUCAGAGGCGUUGGCUAUGCUUGGGGCUGAAGUUACUGGAAUAGACCCCAGCGAAGCAGCCAUUGAAAAUGCAACACAAAAUCGCUUUAAGAACAAGCGCUUGGAAAAUAACUUGCCUGCAUAUAUUUGGACUACAAUAGAGGAAUAUUCUAAGGAAUAUCCUGAGAAAUACGACGUUGUCGUGGCAUCAGAAGUUAUAGACCAUGUCGCCAAUCAGGAACUGUUCGUGGAGUCAUGUGCGCGUACCGCAAAACCAGGAGCAAAGCUAUUCUUCACCACCAUAAACAGAACAAGACUCGCACAGUUCUUUAUAAUAUUUGUCUAUGAAGAUGUUUUGAAAAUUGUUCCAAAGGGUGUCCACGAAUUUGACAAGUUCAUCAAACCAAACGAGCUGAAAUACAUGAUAGAAAUGAAUGACUGUUUCGUGGAGUCAACAAAAGGCUACGUUUAUUAUCCAUUGGCGAAGUAUUGGGAAUGGACUAAACAUACGAAUUGCUUCUUUGCUAUCGAGGCUGUGAAAUCAAAGUCAUAAAGUUUAUGACU